CUUAUGGUUGUUCUUGUAUUAUGUAGCUCAAAGAGAUUCUUCUGCCUGUGGAAUCAUAAACAAGGUAGAGGAAGAGAAGGCGAUUACUGGCAAAUUGGAUGGAAGUGGGGAAUAUACGCUCGUUUACGAAGACAAUGAAGGAGACAGGAUGCUUGUUGGGGAUGUCCCAUGGCACAUGUUUGUAUCGACAGUGAAGAGGCUGCGUGUACUGAAGACUUCUGAACUUUCCAUGCUAAGCCUUGGAAGCAGCAAGCAAGACAAGAUAAACACUUGACAAUGCAGUGGAAUGAAGAAAGAUGAGUUUUGUUCUUCAAGAUUCUCCCUCAGGACUUGAUUUGAUUUGUGUUUAUGUAUCUUUUUUGACAUAUUUUGGCUUCGCGGUAUUUUGUGUAUGGAACUUGCAGCAUAUGUACAUGUUUUUUUCUCCA